CCCCUCCCCUUCUCCUAACGAUGGCAUCCCUCUCGUGCGGCUCCAACCUCGCCCUGCUCCUCCGUGUCGCCAACCCCAACUGGAACGACCCAUCAUCGUCUCUCCCUUCCUCCUCAAACUUGAUUGGCAAAUUCGGUCCGAAAUCAGUGACAACUGCUUGUUGUCGUUCCUCUUCUUCCUCAAAAGCCGUGGGAGUUGGAGUUACACGCGCCACUGCGCAGGUGGCGGACGCUUUAGUGGUGGAUAAAGAGGAGAAGAGUCAGGUGUUGAGAGUAGGGGUGAUAUGUGGAGGUCCAUCGGCGGAGCGUGGGAUUUCCUUGAACUCUGCUCGCUCCGUACUUGAUCACAUACAGGGAGAGGAUUUGCGUGUAAGCUGCUAUUACAUUGACUCUCAUCUCAAUGCCUAUGCAAUAUCCUCUGCUCAGGUAUAUUCGAAUACUCCUUCAGACUUUGAUUUUAAGCUCGAAAGCCUUGCCCAAGGUUUCCGGUCUUUGUCUGAAUUUGCAGAGCAUCUAGCUGCCUCGGUGGACAUAGUUUUCCCUGUUAUACAUGGUCGGUUUGGUGAAGAUGGUGGCAUUCAGGAGCUAUUGGAAGAACAUAAUGUUCCAUUUGUUGGCACAGGAUCCAAGGAGUGUCGUCAAGCAUUUGACAAGUAUGAUGCCUCCCUGAGCCUUAGCAAACACGGAUUCGUGACAAUACCUAGUUUCUUGGUCCAGGGAAGCGAAGUGAAUGAAUCUGAAUUAUCAAAAUGGUUUGCAAGCAACCAGUUGGACUUUAACUCUGGGAAAGUUGUGGUCAAACCAACAAGAGCAGGGUCAAGCAUUGGUGUCACAGUUGCAUAUGGAGUUACUGAUUCACUUAAAAAGGCUAAAGAAAUUAUUUCACAGGGAAUUGAUGAUAGAGUCCUUGUUGAAUUAUUUCUUGAAGGGGGGAGUGAAUUUACAGCCAUUGUUCUUGAUGUGGGUCAUGGUUUUGAUUGCCAACCUGUUGUCCUACUGCCAACCGAGGUGGAGCUUCAAUUUCAUGGCAGUGGUGAUGUAAGGGAGAGAGAUGCAAUUUUCAAUUAUCGAAGGAAGUAUCUUCCCACACAACAGGUUGCUUAUCACACUCCUCCUCGUUUUCCUAUUGAUAUAAUCAAAAGUAUCCGAGAAGGGGCAUCUCUGUUAUUUCGAAGGCUUGGUCUGCGUGAUUUUGCUCGAAUUGAUGGAUGGUUUUUGCCUUCUACCACAAAGGCAUUAUCUUCUUCUGAAGAUAAAUAUGGAAUGACAGAAUUGGGCACGAUUCUAUUUACUGACAUCAACUUGAUUAGUGGGAUGGAACAAACCAGUUUCUUGUUUCAGCAAGCUUCAAAGGUUGGGUUUUCUCAUUCGAACAUUCUGCGAAGCAUAAUCCAUCGUGCUUGCUUGAGGUUUCCUGAGCUUGCAACAUAUAGUAGUGAAUCAGGUCAAUUGCGCAGAACUUCAAAAUGCUUGAAGCCUACUGAAACAUCCAAAGGGCUUGAAGGCAUUCAUAAAGUCUUUGUCAUUUUUGGAGGAGACACUUCAGAGCGACAAGUAUCCCUUAUGAGUGGAACUAAUGUUUGGCUCAACUUGCAAGCAUUUGAUGAUCUUGAUGUCACUCCCUGUUUGCUUGCUAGCUCAAUUGACCAUUCAUCUACUACAGAUUCAGAUAAAAAGGAGUCUGAUGUGAGCUCCAGAGAAGUUUGGUUAUUACCUUACUCUCUUGUGUUGAGACACACAACAGAGGAAGUCCUUGAUGCAUGCAUGGAGGCAAUUGAACCAGCUCGAGCUGCCUUGACGUCUCACUUAAGAAACCAAGUGAUGAAUGAACUCAUGGAAGGUUUGAAGAAACAUGGCUGGUUCAUGGGAUUUGAUAUAACUGAUCAGCAACCUGUGAGAUACUCGCUGAAAGAGUGGAUCAAGUUUGCCAAGGAAGUCGAAGCAACAGUUUUUAUUUCAGUGCAUGGAGGCAUAGGUGAAGAUGGUACACUUCAGUCUUUGCUGGAGGCUGAAGAAAUUCCUUAUUCAGGUCCUGGUGUAAAAGCUUCAAAGAUUUGCAUGGAUAAAGUUGCAACAUCUCUGGCUCUUAAUCAUCUGGGAGACAUGGGAGUUCUUACCAUAAACAAAGAUGUGAAGCGAAAAGAGGAAUUACUGAAGAUGCCCAUUCUUCAGACUUGGCAUGACUUGACCUCAAAGCUUCAGUGUGAAACAUUAUGCAUUAAACCAGCGAGGGAUGGAUGCUCGACUGGUGUUGCAAGAUUGUGUUGUGCAGAGGACCUUGCAGUGUAUGCAAAAGCAGUGGAUGAUUGCCUUUUGAGGAUUCCUCCUAAUAGUUUUUCGAAGGCACAUGGUAUGAUCGAAAUGCCAAACCCUCCUCCAGAGCUCUUGAUCUUUGAACCUUUUGUGGAGACAGAUGAGAUUGUUGUUUCGUCCAAAACUGCAACUGCAAAUUCACAGCACCUCCUAUGGAAAGGACACAGUCGAUGGGUAGAAGUAACAGUUGGUGUUAUUGGAAAACGGGGAUCGAUGCACUCACUGAGUCCUAGCAUUACUGUCAAGGAAACUGGUGAUAUUUUGUCCCUUGAGGAGAAAUUUCAGGGUGGAACUGGCAUCAAUCUGACUCCUCCCCCUGUAUCAAUUAUGAGUAAUGAGGUUUUGGGGCGAUGUAAGCAACGUAUUGAACUAAUUGCCAACACUCUGCAACUGGAAGGAUUUUCAAGAAUGGACGCAUUUGUUAAUGUCGACAGUGGUGAGGUGUUGGUCAUAGAGGUCAAUACGGUGCCUGGAAUGACUCCUUCCACUGUCUUGAUACACCAGGCACUGGCAGAGCAGCCUCCCAUGUAUCCUCACCAGUUCUUCCGUUCACUUCUCGAUUUGGCGUCAGAGAGAGUGCUGUAAAAGUUGUUUGAACUCCGUUGGUGGGAUCUUGCAUUGGGUAUUGAAGAAUGAAAGAGGAAAACAUGUAGCAACAAGUAGAUUGUGAAACUCAAAACUCAAAAGCAAUUGCAUAAAUUACGAAAUUUGUGUUUUUCCUUUUCUUAA